AUUAUCAGAAAAAUGGAUCACCUAAAAACUCCGUUCAAGGGAGUUUCGAAUGAUGUUAAAGGAAGGCUUGCAUGCUACAAAAAGGACUGGCUCGACACAUGUGGCUCCGGUGCUAGGAUUUUGGCUCCAACUGCAUAUAUUUUCUUUGCUUCUGCACUACCCGUGAUUGCCUUCGGCGAGCAAUUGAGUCGAGAAACAGAUGGGAGUUUAGGUCCGGUUGAAACGCUCGUUUCCACGGCUAUAUGUGGGGUAAUACACGCAGUUCUUGGUGGGCAGCCAUUGAUGAUACUUGGAGUUGCAGAGCCUACAAUCAUAAUGUACACGUAUUUGUACAAUUUCGCAAAGAGCAGCAUCGGAAAAGAACUUUAUUUAGCUUGGUCCGCAUGGGUCUGCGUAUGGACCGCAUUGUUUCUGUUUCUUCUCGCCGCGUUCAACGCUUGUACAAUCAUCACUCGAUUCACGAGAGUUGCGGGCGAACUUUUCGGCAUGUUAAUCUGUGUUCUUUUCAUUCAAGAAGCUAUUAAGGGUGUGGUGAGUGAGUUUCACAUUCCGAAAGGCGAAAACGGAUCGAAAGAGCAGUUCCAAUUUCAAUGGCUCUACACCAACGGCUUGCUCUCGAUUAUAUUCUCUUUCGGCGUGCUUAUAACUGCCCUCAAGAGCAGAGAAGCUCGAUCAUGGCGUUACGGUACAGGCACUUUUCGGAGUUUUAUUGCGGAUUACGGGGUCCCGCUUAUGAUUGUAGUGUGGACAGCAUUAUCGUACAGUGUACCUAGCAAUAUUCCUUCCGGUCUUCCUCGGAGAUUAAUCAGCGCUCUUCCUUGGGAAUCGGAAUCUUUGUAUCACUGGACUGUUGUUAAGGACAUGGGAAAAGUAUCGGUGGGGUAUAUAUUUGCUGCGAUUAUACCGGCGGUGAUGAUAGCGGGCUUGUAUUUUUUCGACCAUAGUGUUGCUUCGCAGAUGGCUCAACAGAAGGAAUUCAACUUGAAGAAUCCAUCGGCUUACCAUUAUGACAUACUCUUGUUGGGAUUUAUGACUUUGCUUUGUGGAUUACUCGGACUUCCUCCUUCGAACGGGGUGCUUCCGCAAUCUCCUAUGCAUACUAGGAGUCUUGCGGUUCUUAAGAAGCAGUUAAUUCGGAGGAAAAUGGUGAAACGUGCAAAGGAGGGCAUGAAACAGCAAGCGAGCCACUCGGAGAUUUACGGGAGAAUGCACGAGGUUUUUAUUGAGAUGGAAAGUGCUCCUUCUCAAACCGUGGAGAAAGAGUUGGCGAAUCUUAAAGAGGCCGUCUUAAAACACGACGACGAAGGUGAAGCAAACGGACAAUUCGACCCGGAGAGAUGCAUCGACAUGCAUUUGCCCGUUAGAGUAAACGAGCAAAGAGUGAGCAACUUUCUCCAAUCAAUACUCGUGGGCUUAGCCGUUUGUACAAUGCCCGUUAUCAAAAUGAUUCCCACAUGCGUCUUGUGGGGCUACUUCGCCUACAUGGCAAUCGACAGCCUCCCCGGUAAUCAGUUUUGGGAGAGAAUCUUGCUCAUCUUUGUCCCGCCACGUAGGCGCUUCAAGGUGAUAGAAGAGUUUCAUGCUUCGUUUGUGGAGACGGUGCCUUUCAAAUACAUAUUCAUGUUUACGGCUUUUCAGUUUGCGUAUCUUCUGAUGUGCUUCGGGAUUACGUGGAUACCUAUUGCCGGGAUUCUAUUCCCGCUACCGUUUUUUCUAUUGAUAAGCAUAAGAGAGCAUGUUCUGCCUAAAAUGUUUCCACCUCAGCAUCUUCAAGAACUCGAUGCCGCUGAGUAUGAAGAAAUCGAGGGGCGGCCCGUUAGAGCUAGGGGUCAAUCUCAGAGGGACGACGAAUCAACGGCUGAUGUUGAUGAGGACGAAGAUUCUGCCGAAAUAUUAGAUGAGAUGACGACACGUAGAGGUGAAAUCAAGCGCCGGUCGAUGAGCUUCAAUGAUAAGCAGUUUCAGGUUUUUCCGGACGAACCUGCUGCGCAUUCGUGAUGAAAAAUUAUUCCCACUUUGAAAGUGUUUCUCCAAGAAUAUAG